GGGGGGAGGGGGGAGUUUGUAAUAGCGUUGAACCUGGAAGAGGAAACAAGGGGGCAGAUGGCGAGGAAGGUGGGCAGGGAACGAGCAAGCGCGCAUUUAGUGGCCAGGUCAAAACCCUGUUACUCUGGAUUAUUGCUGAUUUUACUCCCUCCAUUCUGCAGCGAGCCCGCACUCUUAUAGAAGAGUUAUUGACUCGGCUCUAUACAUCUCUCUGGGACGUGGAUCUUGGAAAAAGCCUCCGCAGCAUUGGUCUCUGUGCCUCUCGGAUUGCAGAGGAGUAAUUGGAGGUUUGUGGUCCAUCAGAUCUUGAAAGUUAACAGGAUCAGUCCUGUUUUCCCAUACAGUCUGUAUAUUGAAUCUGAAUGCUUUGACUGACAUGAAGAAAAGCAAUGGUCGUACAAGCCGAAAGAGACAAAGAAAGAGAUCUAGAAUAUUUUCAUCAUGUGGAGUAAGUCUUAGUCACAAAGAUGAAUAUAUACUACUGAAGAAGUGGUUGAAAGAAAAAGGCUGUAAUGUUAAUAAAUUAAGACCGGCACAGUUUCCAGAGACGGGAAGAGGCUUGGUGACCACAAAAGGCCUCCAGGUAGGAGAGCUGAUUAUUUCUUUGCCUGAAAAAUGUCUACUCACCACCGAUACUGUACUUAACAGCUACCUCCGGGAAUACAUUGUGAAGUGGACACCCCCCAUUUCUCCAUUGAUAGCACUGUGCACUUUUUUAAUAGCAGAGAAAUGGGCCCAAGAAAAGUCACCGUGGAAACCAUAUCUGGACCUCCUGCCUGAGAUAUACAGCUGUCCAGUUUGUUUGGAACAAAAAAUAGUGAACCUUUUUCCUGAACCCUUGAGAAGGAAGGCCCAUGAGCAAAGAAAACUGGUCCAGGAACUGUUUAUUUCUUCCCAGCAGUUCUUCUUUUCCUUGCAGCCUUUGUUUCCUAAAGAUGUUGCAUCUGUUUUUAACUAUCAGGCAUUCAAAUGGGCUUGGUGCACCAUUAAUACCAGAACAGUAUAUAUGAAGCACUCACAGAGGGACUGUUUUUCUAGAGACACAGAUACAUAUGCCUUAGCCCCAUACUUGGAUCUACUAAAUCAUAAUCCUACUGUCCAGGUGAAAGCUGGCUUUAAUGAAAAGACAAAGUGCUAUGAAAUAACAACAGUUACACAGUGUCACCAUUACAAUGAAGUUUUUAUUUGUUAUGGCCCUCAUGAUAAUCAACGUCUGCUUCUGGAAUAUGGGUUUGUUUCCAGGGAUAACCCACACAGCAGUGUUUACGUUGGGACAGAUACCUUGCUCAAAAAUGUAUUUCCAGAAGACAAACAAAGGCCCAAGAAACUUUCCAUCUUACAAGAGCACAAACUUUUGGAUGAUCUCACAUUUGGCUGGGAUGGUCCUUCUUGGAAGCUUCUUACUGCUCUCAAACUAUUAAGUCUUGAAGCAGACCAGUUUACUUCCUGGAAGAAAGUGGUCCUUGGUGAGGUAGUAUCAGAGGUAAAUGAAAAGAAGAGUUUGGAUCUUGCAGCAGAAAUAUGUAUGUCUUUGAUCAAGGAAACUCAGCAUGCCCUUCAGAAGGUUUCUCUCUUAAAACAUGAUUGUGAAUAUUUGAGGACUCAGCUAAAUUUGGUAGAGGCAUUGCGUACAGAAGAGCUAAGUAUUUUACAGCGAUCAUUGGAGAUGUUUCAAUGCUUACCCACCACAACAGUUUGAUCUUCAGUAUUCUGAAUGAAUCUUCAGAAGCCACAGAUUUAUUUAUUAUUUCUUUACUAUAAAAAUAUACUUCCUGUCUUUCUUUGCAAAGCAGGCACAGGGAGGAUUACUGCAACUUAUGCCAGAUAGGAUUCGCUGUAAAACAGUUUAAUAUCAAGUAUGGGAGCUCUAAGCAAGAUAGAUAGAGUCCUAAAUGUUAACAUUAAAUGAAAAGUAAGGGGAAAAUGAUGAAUCCAGAUGUACAAAGGCCAUUCCAGGGUGCAGGUGUCAUGAAGUAAAUGUCUUUCUUGUCUCGACUCACUUAAUAUUCAGUUACGAUGAGUGUGCAAGAAGGCUCUUUGAAGAUCAGCAAAAUUCCUUUGGACUUUGGAGAGUCUGAACUUCUGUGUUAGACUCCUGGUCAUUUUACCUUGUGAUGCUCUGAAGUGCUAUGUGAAAUUGAAGGGCCAAUUUUCUCUUCUGCAUUGUCAAAAUGUUUCAUGCCAUAUUCAAUCACACAUGUCCCCUUCUGGUACCGGAGCAUAGCAUGACUCAUUCAUUUUACAAUGUUUGGCUAAUAAGGACUAGAAAGGCCUAAAGCAAUGGUUCUCAACCUGUAGGUCCCCCAGGUGUUUUGGUCUACAACUCCUAGAAAUCUCAGCCAGUUUACCAGCUGUUAGGAUUUCUUGGAGUUAAAGGCCAAAACAUCUGGGUACCCAUAGAUUGAGAACCACUGGCCUAAAUGGUUAAAUGACUCAGGAAGUAAUUCAAUUAAACUACAAAAGGUAUUUCAAGGUACUUCUUUGCUUCUUUUAUGACAUCCAGGCUCUGUGUUCUUUUAAGGGCCUACAACAGUUCAGAACCUGAAAUCUCAAACACCCGGAGGACCAAAGGUUGAGAGCCACUGCUCUAGAGCAGUGGUUCUCAACCUGUGGAUCCCCAGAUAUUUUGGCCUUCAUCUCCCAUAAAGCCUAACAGUUGAUAAACUGACUGGAAUUUCUAGGAGUUGUAGGCCAAAACAACUGGGGACUCAAGUUGAGAACCACUGCUCUAGAGAGACUGAAACUGAAUGAGUGUUAAUGCUUAACAAUUGUCUGAAGCGGUGCAAAUGAAUUUCCAAAGUAUUGCUGCUGGUUCAGAAUAAAGACAACAGAGGCAAGAUCAAACAGAUCACUACAAUUGUACUAAGAUACUGAGAGUAUUACAAAGCAUUGCCAAGGACAGGUUCUGACAGUAGUGGUCUCUUGAAACCACACCUAAAAGCAUGUGUGCUAUUGUAAAGGUCUUGCAGAAUACACAGUGUUUCCAGAACAAUUAAAAAUAUGUAAGUCUACCUAAUGUUAACUGUAUCAAGCUCUAAAUAAUUAUGCUGGAAUGAAUAAAUAAUGAUUAGUUGUCUAAAUAA